AUGGAGAAGAAGAGAUCACCAAGAAGCAGCAAGAGUCCUGGCACUGCAAUUUUCCCUAAAAGCCCUCUUGUCUACGAGAGUUAUAAGUCCGGUUGUGGUUGGAAACUGAUAAACUUCUUCGAUUUCAGACAUGUCAAAUCUGGUAAUAAGAGACUGAGUUCUGAGAAGAAAUUCGUCAGAGAUUCUGCUGGUAAUGUUUAUACUAAAAGCCAGCUUGAUUUGCUCAAGAGGCUUCAUGAGAAAUGUCAGUGUAAUGAUCGGAUUGUGGAAGGAGAGAACUCAUGUAAGCCUAAAACGAGGAGAAGAUCUUUUAGUUCUGAAAGAGAAGAUGAGAACUCUGAAUCAAAACCUGUUCAGGGAUUAUCAGAGAGAGAGGUUAAGAGGAUUAAAAAUGUAAAGGAGGAAACUUGCGAUAUCCCGGAUAAGCUAAAGCAGUCUUCCUUGAGUGAGACUGAGAAGACAAAUGAUAAGGAUAAGCAAAUGGAUCUGAAGAAUAGGAGAGAUUGCAAGAAGAGCUCAGAGAUUAACCUUCAAGUUUGUGUGAAUGAAGCCGCUGAAAGAUUAAUCUGUCCGAAGGCAGAGGAGAAAGGAAAAGACCGGUCUAAGCAGUUCAUGGAAGCGUUAGACAUUCUAAGUUCGAACAAGGAAUUGUUUAUUACACUCUUACAAGAUCCUAACUCUUUCUCGGCGAAAAGAGGCCAAGACUUGGAGAGAUCUAAGGUCAAAGAACCACGAGACACAUCUGUUUCACUGGCUGAUGAUUUGGAUAAAGUUGUUCUCUUGAAGCCUAGAUUGUCAAGCUCGGUUGACGAUAGAGUGUACUUGAGAUUCAAACAUCUAGCCAAGAAGUUGAAGCUUGUUGUUGGAUCUAACAAAGACAGCAUCCAAGUAGAAGCUAAACCUGAAUGUAGAGGUAAAGCCAGAGAAACCGAGGCUGCUGCUUUUAGAACAAGUGAUGUUUCGACCAGUACAGUUGGCUAUAGAAGCCCGGAGUCACCGGUGUUUAGGCGCAAGAAACGGGUUGAAUCUGAUGUCUUCAAGCUAAGCAUCGAGAAUGAUGUUUUGCCAAGGAGAUUCAUGGUGGAAAGGCAACAGGAGAGAUCGAAUUCUUCACCGGUUUAUGAAGUUCCUAAUGCAUUGAGUAACUUGCAGACAAAACUCAAGGAGAGAAGACAGAGGCUUGAGAAGAGAAGAGAGAGCUUCAAGUUGUGGUCUAAGGACAAGAACUUCGAUGUUUUUGACCCGAAUCCGCACAACUCUAAUCUAAGGUCUCUCGACGACAAUUGUACAGGUUCUACUGAGUACAGAAGUCUGAGAGCUCAUGUAGAAGACGGAUUUGAGGAAGAUAGAUCUCUCGAUAGCUCAUUUGCGGAGUCGAGUUCGAGUCUCGAAAGAAUCGUUCAUGACCCGAAACAGGAGCAGGAGCAACCGAGCCCUGUCUCUGUUCUAGAGAGGAUUCAUUUGGAAGACGAAACAAGAGUUCUUGAAGCUUCAAGAUUGGAUUGGACUAAUCUUAUGGCGAGAUGCAACGAAGAAACAUCGCUACUCGACGAAUUCUCACACGGCAAUCACAACAACGAUCAUCUUCUUCUUGUUCUUGAUUACACCGACGAGAUUCUCCGCGAGAUUUACCGUCAAGACAUCAAGUUUUGGCCUUUCACGCCAUCUAAGAGCUCGAGAGUCGUGAAUCUACCACCUUCCUUAAGAGAAGAAGAUCUGAUUCACGAGACGAUAAGUCGUUUCGAGUGGAGUUUACUCUGCUGUGACUCUGCCCCAAGAACAUUGGAUCAGAUCAUUGAGACUGAUCUGGCAAAGCCAUGUCUUUGGUCGGAUUUUGGUGGUGAAUCUGAAGGUGUUGUGUCUGAGAUUGUGGAAAAGAUUCUGCAACAAUUGGUGCUCGAGAUCUCUCCUGAGCUCAGAACAAUGCAGAUGAGGAUAUGUUGA